ACUACGACGAAUGUUCGAGCAAUGGGGAUCACUAAUGGAGAUGUCAUUCUUUCAUACAGCUAGCUAAAAAUAUGAGCGCAUGAUGGAAUUUUUUCUGAAAGACGAUUUCUUUAAAUCUGUUGUUUUAACUACUGUAUGUAUUGUGUUUGUUCUAUUUUCUUUCCCAGCUCAACAUCUAGCACUUAAAACAUACGAAGCUCAAUGUUUCAACGCACAGGAUCGAGAAGCAUUUGCUAUUUCCAUCAACAGUCCACAAGUUAUAAAAACGGUCACAGUAAGAACAGUUAAUGAUACGACAGCUGUGAAACAGCGAUUCCACAUAGAUUAUUUUCAUCCAAAAAAUAAAUACUGGACCAGUUAUCAAGAAGACAGACGAACGAUGUUCUACACGUUUGCAGUUCCUAAAAAAUAUCAAGUGGUAAAGCUUGCCGAUCCUAUUGUAGCCAAAUCAAUUCGCAUCUCGUUGCAAAGCACAGCACCAACUUGGCUUGGAGAGAUUUGUGUGCAAAUCAAUGUUUGGAGAAAACGAAUUUUUGGUCGGCGAGUGGUCUCUUGUGAAAAAGGGUAUUAUGGAGAUGGUCAGUUCUGUAUAGAUAUUAACGAAUGUGCAGACAAUACAGGGAAUUUCUGUCCACCACAUCAAGAUUGUAUCGACUAUCCAGGGUCUUUCUCCUGUCCUGGAACUUGUCUUGAAGAUAAAUUACCAAACAAUGUCAGUGGUGUAUGUGAAGAUCGUUGCCAUCACAAAGGCUAUCUUUGUCACCGUAACGCCAGGUGUUUGUAUGGUAAAUGUGUUUGUAACUCAGGUUAUCAUGGUGAUGGUCAUUACUGUCUUGACAGUUGUACGUCAAAUGGUCUAGUUUGUGAUUCAAAUGCAAUUUGCACAGAUGGUAAAUGCAAAUGUCGAGAUGAUUACAAUGGAAAUGGACAAAUUUGUCAAGCCAUUUGUCAUUUUAACCUGAAGUUGUGUCACCCUAAAGCAGUGUGUCAUAUGAACACGUGUAAAUGUAAGCCAGGAUAUGUUGGGGAUGGUUUGUUCAAGUGCAUUUUCUCAAGAAAAUUAUAUGAAAUGGAGAUAAAAAAACAAAAAAUUGAACGAAAACGAGUAGACAUUGUUGACUCGGAUGUUUUGGAGGUUCUUCAUGAGUUUCAAAGACUAAGAUCUAUUCUAAAUACUUAAACAACGUGAACGGUAUGGAAAGUAGAGUACAGUGCCUCUGUUCACAAUGCCUAAAAUUUUACCCUUUCAAUUUUUAUUAAAAGACUGUAGAAUACUUAUUUGUCAUAAUUUGUAAGCAGUGUUGUAUAAUAGUAAUAAAUAAUAUCGUUAUAGGGCAUGUACCCUAUAACAUGUUGUUUUACCUA